AUGAAAUUAUUGCUGUUCUCACGACAAAUGGAGAGUUCUCGGAAGACAAUGACACAUAUGUGCGAAGUGUUCGAGCUAAGCAAUGAAGAUGGGUACUUUGCAUUGGUUUACAAUUUCACUGAUGAGAAACACCGUCAGUGUGAUGGUGUCAAGAAAUUUGCAGAACUUGUACGAAAGGAAAUUGCAGAGGUUUGAAG